GAAAGGUAAAAAUAGACAAGAAGAGGGGGCAGUUGGGAUAUAGAAUAAGUAUGAAAGGUACCAAACAUGAGACGAAACAAUGAAUUUAAAUGGGCUUUUAAGUGACCAUUAUAUGAAUCAUGAGGCUUAUCAUAAGCAACCUCUUCUCCUCCUUGUCACGUCCCUUUUCUGUCCCUUCUCCCAAUAACUUCAGAAUUCCACGCCUUCUCUUUUUUUUUUUUUAAUUUACAAAAAUUAUUAUUACUUCUUCCGUUUUUUUACAUGUUACACUUUUCAAAUCACGGACUAUUAGACAUUUUUUUAAAGAGGAGAGAGAUAGAGAGAAAGAAAUCAAAAGGGUCCCAUGCGAACAUAUGUAGUAGCAGAGAGAUAUAAAGAAGUUAUUACUCAAAAUAAAAGUGUAAUAUCUAAUUUGAAACUUCCUAAAAUAGAAAGUCUAACAUGUAAAAAAAAAUCGGAGAAAGUAUUAUUUUUUUUAAUAAAUUUUUAUUGGCAGUCAACUAGGAUAUAUUGUCUUUAUUCUCUUAAACCAUAUAAUUUCCCUUUACUAAAAACUCCCAUAACAUACCUUCCUACUUCAUUCUCCCUUCUCUUUCUACUAUUCAAGUGAUCCAUCUUUUUCUACUUACCUCUCACUCAUCUCUUUCACUCUUGCACAAUUUUCCAUUUCUCAAUUCUAAAUACUCCUAUAUUUAUCUACAUUUAUUCAUAUAUGUAUUGCCAUUUUUGUAACUCUUAUUAAUUCUCUCUUUUAAAACUCAACUUGGAUUUUUGCAUCUAUUUUUCAUUUACUCCCAAGAUAUAAUAAAAUGAUGGGUUAUAAUGAAUUUGCUAACCAAGAUCAGCUCAACUUGGUAGAUCCUUUUAAAGGAGGUCGUAAACUUCGACCUCUUGCUCCAAGACCUUAUCUUUCUCCUCAAAAUCACAAUAAUAAUAAUAAUGUUAACACUGCAGCUUGUUUAACUGCUUUCCACAACCCUACAAACCACCUUCUUUCAUUGAACACCACCGCUCGCCACCAGAACCACCUUGUUGGAGUAGAAGAAGGUAAGGAAGUGGUGGGAACAAACCAAGUGAUGGUGAGUUCGAGGUGGAAUCCGACACCGGAACAAUUGAGGGCACUAGAGGAGUUGUAUCGGCGAGGGACACGAACGCCCUCCGCCGAGCAAAUUCAGCAUAUAACUGCUCAACUUCGUAGCUAUGGUAAGAUUGAAGGUAAAAAUGUUUUCUACUGGUUUCAAAAUCAUAAGGCUAGGGAACGUCAGAAACGUCGUCGUCAACUUCAACUUCCUCCUCCACCUUCUUCUGGAAGUGCUAUUGGAGGAAAUAAAAUAGGCUUUGAAGGUGAACAAAAGAGCAACAAAUGGGCACCCUCGUCUACAAACAAGGAAUCUGAUCCUCCAAUACAUAUAUCAGAAGAAGCAGGGCUAACAAAAGCAGAUCAUCAGACAACUACUUCAGAUAAUAAUAAUAAUGGAUGGAUUCAAUUCCAUCAAACUCCAGAAUUCCAACAUAAUCAUACUACCAAUAAUAAUAUUACUAAUCAUAAUAAUAAUAUUUCUAGUGGAAAAAACUUAUUAUUUGCAGGACAAAGGAAUGGCACGUGGCAGUCUCAGAAUAAUAAUAUUAUGGUCCAACCUUCUUCAUCAUCUUGUUCUUGUUGUUACCCUUCUCCUCCUCUUCCUUCUAUUCUUCCAUUUUCUCUCUCCUCGCCCUCCAUUAUUAUACCUAAAGACCUUAACCAGUCACCGGAUAAGCAGGUUAACUCCGGUGAAAGACGGGUGUCAUCGUCGUUGUCGUUGUCGUCGUCGUCGUCGUCUCCUACACUUCAGCUCUUCCCAGUAUUGAGAGAAGAUGAAGAUGAAGAUGAUGAUGAAAACUCCAUUGUUGUUGCAAUUAUGAACAAGGAGAGGGAGGAAGAGAGAGAAAAUAAAGAUAGUAGCAUGGUUAUUAACUCUAACAAUCCUUUUCCAUAUUAUCAGUUUCUUUAAUGUAUGUAACGUACUUUUGCAUGGACUAUAUUAUUAUUACUUGAUCUACUGUGGGAAAUUCACGUGAUGACUUAAUUUAGGAGUAGUAAUGAUGGAUUUCAGUAUCUUUUUGUAGUAAGUGAUGUUUGAUAUAAUUUAGGUAUAUAAGUGAUCUGAUGGGUAAGUUAUUUUAGAAUUUAAUAGAAGGAUAUAUAGUGUAAUGUUGAUUGAUGUUAAGAUAUCACGGAAUUAAAGACAAGAAUGUUAUUCUCUGGGUAUGGGAAAAUGGAAAAUUUCCUUAUAAUGCACUUCAACCAUGUUAUAUUAU